AUGGCAGGAAACUUGCUGCAAGAUUUUCUAGCAACCCAGCAGAUUGAACUAGUCAUUCCACCCCCACCUACAUUGCAACAUUGGACCAAACCUAACUUACACUAUCAUAAAGUCAACUUCGAUGCUGCAGUGUUCAGGGAGGCGCAUUUGGCUGGUAUCGGUGUCAUUGUUCGAGACUGGAGAGGCGAGUUUGUUGGUGCAUUAGCUUCCCCAAUGUCGCUGACUCACUUAGUUGCUGAAAUGGAAGCUCUAGCGUGCCGUAAAGCUGUCGAAUUUGUUGCAGAAAUUAGAGUACAAAGAGUGAUUUUUGAAGGAGAUUGUCUUUCAUCUUACGGUAUCGUCAUAGAAGACAUCCGCAGUCAAGCUUUGGUGUUCAAGGCGUGUGUAUUUGCCCAUACUAGUCGAGUUUGUAAUUGUGUGGCUGAUGCUAUUGCAAAAAAAGCAAAAGCUUUUAGGAGUGCUCAGGUCUGGUUGAACUGUCCACCUGAUGACAGUGUCCUUGCUUUUGUUUGA